CUCCACGCAAGGACUAGCACAUACAAAAGUGUGAACUGAGCAUAAGAGGGCCGUCUUCAGAACAUCUCCCUCUCACCGGCCGUACUCUCACGUCCCUGAUCCGAUAAAGUAGCAGUAUUUCAACACAUAUAGUGACAUACUAGUAUCAACCUGUAUUUUUUGAUCUUCAUCCCUUGAAUAUCAGUAUCUCUUCAGAAUUCCAAGAUGGCCCAAGGCAGACUGAACAAAGCUGCUGUAAAGAUAUUCAUUCGUAUGCUUGGAGAGAAAGAUGUCUUAUCUACCAUGGACCCUGAAGGCCUUGUUUGGCUUGAGGGACGACUCCUAAGUGUCGACGAAGCAAAGAACAUUGCCGUUCUCUUUGACUCGACGGGUAAAGCCAGAAUAGACUACAGCAGUGUUAGGAAGCUUCGGUCACAAAAAGAUGGUCUUAUCUCAGCUGAUUCUUAUGUGAUGAUCGUGGGUAAGGUGGAGUCCUAUCCCCCGGACCCUCUCAUCAAGGCGAUCAAGAUUUCACCCAUCAGCAGUUCCGAGGUCGAGGAGGUCAUGUGGGGAAUGGAGGUGGAGGACCAACACAGGGAGGUCUACAGGAAGCGGUACCAGAAACGGAUCAAGAAGUAUGGAGAUCCCAUGGCCCUCUGUCCACUUGGUUACUAGGAUCGAAGGAAUGGACCACUUCUUUGGACUUGGCUUACAGAGAGAGAGAGAGAGAGAGAUGGGACAACAUCUUUCCAAUCGAUCAGGAAUAUGGAGUAAUCCUGCAAAAGGUAAAGGAACUUUAGCAAACUCGUCUAGGUCCACAAGGAUCCUCUAAAAGAAGGAACGAUUCUAAGUUGAGACUAGUCACUAGUCCUGUCUUUAAUACAGGUAUCACAUGGACCAAUGGAGUAGAUCUGCGAAAGGUGAAGGAACUUUAGCAAACUCAUUGUCUAGGUCCACAAGGAUCCUCCAGAAGAAGGAAAGGUUCUAAGUUGGGACUAGUCACUAGUCCUGUCUUACAAGUAUCCCAUGGACCAGUUAUAUGGAGUAUUCCUACAAGAGGAGAGACUUCAACCGACACUUUGACCAGUAAUCUAGUGCAGUCCUAGACAUGGAGGAUAGACUUGAACUCCCCCAUGGAUCUUUCAUGUCUGGUAGUCCAAUACGAAAAAGUUAAGCUACAUCAUGGACUAGGACCAUGUCGAUCGUACAAGAAAAUACUUUUAACUAUACAUUUCUAUGAAGCAUUCCUGCAGGAAGAGGAGAGACUUAAUCCUGUUGGCUAGUUUCAUGGAGUAGUCUUACGAGAGGAAGAGGCUUAAACUUUCCAAUAGGUUGGAGCUAUGGAGAAGUUUUUUUUUUAGUCUAACAAAAGAUAGAGAAACAGAGACUCUUACUGCAUAUGCCCUUCUGAUAAUGGUAGUGUUAUUGCCUUGUAAAACUGAUUUGCCCUUAUAGCUUUUUCUGAUUGUCUUCUAGAGUUCUAGUGUAGAAAAUUGUAGAAUGUAGAUUAGUGACAUGGAAAUGC